AUGGUAAUGCACACCGAAUUCUUUCGCAAAUCAGUCUCGCCGUCCCUGGGCUUUCAUCCCUCGGCAACUGAGGCUCCUCAUAUAUGGAAGAGCUUCAUGACAGAUGAUCAUACCCCUGUUGAGCUCAGUUGGUGUUGGUCUGCAGCAAAGGACACUCCAAAAGUCAGGUAUUCAGUAGAGGCAAUAAGCAGAUCAGCGGCCCAGGGCACUGAUCUGGUGAAUGCCGCUGCCAAUGUCCGGCUACUUGGAGACAGCCUGUCUAUAGCCCCGGAUAUGGACUUGUAUCUGCAUAGACACUUCCGGAAUCUUUUAUCCUCCCGCCAUAUAACUCAACAAACUGAUGCGACAUUACAACGAGAGGUCCCACAGUCGCAGUGUUUUAUUGCCUUUGACUUGCUCGAGAAGGGCAUGGUAGUCAAACAGUACUAUCUACCUGGCCAAACAGCAGUUCGAGAGGGUUCUUCAAACUGGAAUAUUAUAAAACAUGCUACUCGAAAGCUUUCUGGGCCUGCAGUUUCCUUACUGGCAUCAUUUGAUGUGCUCGUCAGCUUCAUUGAAUCUCUUCCUGCAGAAUCGCGGGCUACAGUGGAGAUAUUGGCCAUCGACUGCCUGGAGCCUAUCAAGUCACGAUUAAAAGUCUACAUUCGAACUGUUGAUACCACAUUCCAUAGCGUACUGCAUAUGCUGACGCUUGGGGCCAAUGAAGUCCUUCCAAAAUCCAAGGUCUACUUGCCGGUCCGCCAUUACGCGCAGAAUGACGAUCAGAUCGCAAAGGGCCUCUCCAACUACCUCGAACAUAGAAGGAAGAAAUUAUCCACAGGCUCAUACUACCAUGCCGUCCAAAAGCUUUGCAACCACCGGAACCUUGCUGAUGGGUUAGGAUUCCAUACCUAUAUAUCGUGGGCGAGCGAAAAUAAUCAAUGGAAUGUAACAGCCUACUUUAACCCAGAGAUCUAUGCUAGCUACCGAUCUGGGUAG